AUGGAGAUACCACGCCGGCGUAAGCCCCUGCUCCUCUCAGCCAUCUCGCUGCUGCUGCUGGCAUGGCCGGCAUCGUGCGCCGACCCCGUGCUCCUCCCGGUGUCCAAAGACACGGUCACCUCCCUCUACACCAUCCCCGUCAGGGACGGCGCCAACCACGUCAUCGACCUGGCCGGCCCGCUCCUCUGGUCCACGUGCGCCGCCGACCAUCUGCCAGCCAAGAUCUCCUGCCAGGACCCGGCAUGCAAGUUCGCCAACGCCUACCGCGCCCCGAGCUGCAGCAUCGCCGCCCAACCCUGCACGAGCAAGACCCAGUGCACGGCGUACCCGUACAACCCCGUCACGGGGCGGUGCGCGGCGGCGAGCCUGGUCCACACCAGGCUCGUCGCCAACACCACCGACGGCCGGAACCCGCUGAGCCAGGUGUCCGUCCGCGCCGUGGCGGCGUGCGCCCCGAAGAAGCUCCUGCCGCGGCUGCCCGCGGGCGCCGCAGGCGUCGCGGGGCUCGCGGACGCCGGCCUCGCCCUGCCCGCGCAGGUCGCGGCGUCGCAGCGCGUCGCCAACAGGUUCCUGCUCUGCCUCCAGAGGCGCGGCGAGGGCGUGGCGGUCUUCGGCGGGGCCCCGCUGUUCCUCCUCCCGGAGUCGGCGGUCGGGGACCUCACGGCGACGCUUGCGUUCACCGCGCUCCGCCGCAGGAGAGACAACCCCCUGUACUACAUCCCGGUGAAUGGCGUCGCCGUCAACCAGGCGCGGGUGCCGCUCCCGGCGUCCGCGCUGGCCACCGGCGGCGUCGUGCUCUGCACCAGGGUGCUGUACACCGCGCUCCGGCAGGACGUGUACCGCCCGGUUGUCCAGGCGUUCGACAGGGCCCUGGCAAGGAACGACGCCAAUGUCCCCGCGGUCGCGCCAUUCGAGCUCUGCUACAGGUCCAGCAUGCUGGGGAACACGCGCCUCGGCUACGCCGUGCCGGACAUCGCCUUGGUGCUCGAGGACGGCAACAGCUGGACGUUCGUCGGCAGCAGCACGAUGGUGGACGUGAACGGCCAGACGGCGUGCCUGGCAUUAGUCGAGAUGAAGGGGGUGAAGGCCGGGGACCCCGCUGCGGCAGCGGUGGUGGUCGGAGGGUUCCAGAUGGAGAACCACCUGCUGCAGUUCGAUCUGGAGAAGCAGCAGCUCGGGUUUGCCAAGGUGCCGUUUUUUACGGCGUGCAGCAACUUCAACUUCACCAAGACCCAGUAA